AUGUCUUACUAUGGCUACCAGUACAAGCAGCAGUGCUAUAUUCCAGGCGGAGUGAAGCAUGUCACGCCGGGCUUCGCACAGUGCCACAACCCCGGUGUUGUGAAGUGCGUGUCAUGCACACCAUGUGCUUCCGCAGGCACCGAGCUGUGCACCGUGAGGAAGACCACGCAGAGCAGCCCCAAGUGCUCCGCACCAUGUUCAUCACGGUGUGUUGAGACACACCUUGUGGAAGACCAGUCUUCCUCAUGUUGCCCCAGGUCUCCUGGUCCAUGCACCAUGGCUUUCCCUCAGCCCCACCUGCAGGGCAGGGAACAUCUCUGCGUGCCACACUGUGGACAGCCAGGCGUUAUGAAAUGCCCUCAGAUAUGUGUUCCAGCUCACAUGUCCCAACACAGCUCAUACCCUUAUUCAUACCAGUGGUCCAACAGCUACCACUACAACUGUGGGCAAGAAUAA